CCAACAGCGGAAGAUGUUUUGGCUGUUCCACCAAUCAGGCACGCCGACCGAAAGGGGUAUUUGUUGCCGGCCACUGUAUUGCUAGAGGUGCAAGGCACUUAUAAAGGCAUAACUUUGCAGCCAAUAUAAAGGCUAAGAUUAUAUGUAAACAAACUGUCACCUGGGAUUGCAGCAGUGUGAAAUCAACCAUAUUUCGAUCACUUUAAUUACCGGAGGGAGAGGACGGAAGAGCCAGAUGCCACAGUGAAGCUAAAGUAAAAUGGAGGAGAGAGAGAACUUCUACUCGUCUACGGGUAGUUAUUCGUCCACGCCCGGCGUUGCUUUGACUCCACCGGGAUUGGAAGCAAUUUAUUCAGCAUGUCGGAGACUUUACCCUACUCAGCCGAACCCUUUGCAGGUCACAGCUUUAGUGAAAUAUUGGCUGGGUGGGCCAGACCCCAUGGAUUAUAUUAGCAUGUAUGCCAACCCUGGCGACCUUGGCAGACAUAUUCCUCCCCACUGGCAUUAUAUCAGUUUCGGGCUUUCCGAUCUCCAUGGCGACGGCAGAGUACAUGAGACAACUAAACGAGGGUCCAGGACAACUAACAACGGGUAUGGCUUUGAGCUGACGUUCCGAUUGAGACGAGAACCAGAAGAAACAAACCCACCGACCUGGCCUGCUGCCCUCAUGCAAUCUCUCGCCAGAUAUGUGUUCCAGUCAGAAAAUGUAUUAUGUAGUGGUGACCAUGUGUCGUGGCACACACCUCUCGACGGCAGCGAGUCCCGGAUACAACACAUGCUGAUGACCGAGGACGCUCAGCUGCAGCCAAUCACAACUCCCUUUGGUGUUGUCAACUUUGUCCAGAUUGUUGGAGUGUGUGGCGAGGAACUGAAGGCAGCCCAACACUGGAACGGACCAGGAGUUAUCGAGCUGCUACGAUCUAAAGCUGUCGCUGGUGGUGCAUGGCUGGUGACUGACAUGAGGCGAGGGGAGACCAUCUUUGAGAUCGAACCAUCGCUGCAGGAAACGGUGGAUCAUGGGAUUGAGACCGAGGGGUCUAACCUGAGUGGUGUCAGCAGUCGGUGCUCGUGGGAGGAGCCAGGCGACCCUGAUGCUCACAGCAACUAUAACGAUGAUGAUAAGGAGAACCGAUUGGUGGAGAUCGAUCGCCGAGGCAGUGGAGAUGUGGACAGGAGGAUCAUCACCGACUAUGAAUCUGAACAAAUAAAAGCGACUUUAAAGAAGGGUCUGAGUAAUUCUCGGUCCAACGUCCCAUCACACGGUGGCAAAGAUGAUGAGUACGAUCACAGGAAUCAAAAUUCGUCCCGGAAAGAGUCGUUUGACAGCACGGUGAGUUCUGAGGGUCCAACAGAACUGAUCCGGACAAGGACUCUUGAUGCCGUCCAUUUGAAGUUUAAUCUGGAAGCUGGCUCCCUUCUACCACUAGCUCUCAGAGAUCUUGAGGGUGGUUUUCAAAACCGUUUGAUUUCUGAUGACUUCAUAAGCGACAUGUGCCAUGACAUUGAGGAAUUAGCCUGCCCUGAUGAGAUGAUGUGCCCAAAGACGUUCAGUUGGCCUGAGAAGAAACUCUGUAUCACGAUCCUGCCUGAUGAGAUUUAGCACUUCAUGUGAUUCAGUGAUGGUGACAAUUAUUCUACUGUGGCAUUCAUAUCAUGGCCAAUAAGCCAUGUGUCUACCAAAGGUUCAUGACGAAGGGCUCUAAACAGUCCUUAAAACAACUGACGUGAUGAAGAGUCAUCAAAGGGAGGUCACCUCUAAACUUGGCCAUCUUUGGCGGAGACAACUCUUGACAAGAUAUUUCAAGAGCAGAUAACUCUUUGACAUCACUUUGAUGUCCAGUAUAGACAAUGGAAGGGAGAUAACUCUUAUGCUUGUUAUCCCAUCUACUGUGUGCUAUUGGAAAUGUUUUAAUGAAUGAAAGCUUGUCUUUUACUGAAGGGACAAAGUUAUGACUGGCGGAUGCAACUUUCAGCACUUUGCGCUUAGAAAGAAGCUGUGUGUUGUUAUUGGGGAUACAAUUAUGCUGUAAAAUAUUAGUGUACCUGUUGGAGCAAAGACUAUGUCAUGAGUCCAGUGGAAAAGACACAGAAAACAGAUUUCUGUCCAUCGCAUUUUCAAAUAAGUUUUUUUUCACAGGUUAUAUCACAUCCGACAAGUCAUCUACUACAAUUGUUACGAUUCUAUUUUCUUUGUAUUGUUACGUUGUGUGUUAUAGUUCAUACAGGCUGUAUCACUCAUGUCUCUUAAGACGGAUAUUUGUGUAUAGUUAUCUUAAUUUGUAUGGUAGAAUGCAUUAGGUUUUUAUCCCAUUUGCAACAUAUUUUGUUUAUUUUACAAUCAUUUCAAAUGGGAAUAGUAAUGGCUUUGCAUGUUUUUGGAUAUACUACUCGAAAGAAGUUGAGGCUUUCAUGUUACUGUGGUUAAACUGUCAUGCCAUCAGAUUGUCCUUAACUUAUUUUGUGUGGUAUAUAAAGUCAUAUUAUUGCA